GAACCUCAAGAACUCUGCUGGACAGGUAAUGCUUCGGUUGCUACCUCUAAAUGGAGAACCAUCUAAGCUCAACAUAUAGACUGCCCUUCACUUUGUCGCCUCCAAGAGGAACCUCGACAUCGCCCGUGUUCUUAUCGACAACGGCGCGUCGACCCGAGUACGCGAUCGUAGGGGCCAGUAUCCCAUACAUCGCGCCGCCGCUGUCGGUUCUGUGCCUAUGGUGACUCUCCUUCUCAAAAACAGAAGUCCACUAAACCCUGCUGAUAAUGAGGGUUACACUCCCCUUCAUCAUGCAAUUGCAGAGGGGCAUGGAGACACUGCUGUUACCCUCCUCAAAGAAGGCGCCGAUUUCACACUCAAGAACAGCGCGGGUGAGCUAGCACUUGAUCUGGCACCAGAUAAGGAAGUAUGUAUAUCUCUAGAAUACUAUGAAAAUGGAAUUCUUGGCUCUCUUCUUGUCGCACCACUCUAUAAACCCCCAUCUAACUCUGUCUCUUUGUCAACAGGUACGCCGAUAUGUUUUACAAGGUGCGGAGCGUGAGGGUAUCGAGUUGUCGGGGUAGCUAGGAAUACAUGCUAGAAGAAAGAAAAAGAAGUGCAAGACAUCAUGACCUUGCCCAAG